AGAAAGGAAAACAGAAAAGAUUUUUAAAUUACAUGUAAGCUUCAAAAUGCAUGACUUGCAUUUCAAAACUUUGAAAGUGAACCGCGGCUAUACAUACAAUAAUAAAAAAUUAUAGUCUCGAAUUAAAAACAUUACCACUCAACUUCCCCUUUCAUCUUAGUCCCUGUUUACCAGUCCCUUCAUCUUUCCCAAUAUCUCUUUUUGCCCCUUGCAAAACCCCCACACAUCAACUUCGUCACCCAUCCACAAAAUUAUUCUCUUGAAGAAAAAUGAAUUCUUCCUCCCCCAUUUGUGUGCAAAAAGCUCUAAAAUGCAAAGAAUCAGCUCCAGAAUCUUCGCCAAAGCCACAACCUUUCAAGAAAAGUUUUGUUUCUUCUCUAAUGGAAGCAGCUACUUUACGUACUCCAUCUUUUAAAGAAGACUCUUACUUCAUUCCCCACCUUAAACCAUCUGAUAAAAAAGCAUUACAAGAGUUGAAAGACAAACUUCAAGCUUCUUCUACUUCUAGUACUUCCAUGUGGGGUUCUCCACUUUUAGGUGGAGAUGAAAAGGCUGAUGUCAUUCUCCUUAAAUUCCUUAGAGCAAGGGAUUUUAAGGUUUCAGAUUCACUUCACAUGUUGGAAAACUGUCUGUCUUGGAGGAAAGACUUUGGUGCUGACAACAUUUUGGAAGAAGAUUUUUUAGGAUUUAAAGAACUUGAAGGGGUAGUUGCUUAUAUGCAUGGUUAUGAUAGAGAAGGACACCCUGUUUGUUACAAUGCUUAUGGGGUAUUUAAAGACAAAGAAAUGUAUGAAAGAAUCUUUGGUGAUGAAGAAAAACUCAAAAGAUUCUUGAGAUGGAGAGUACAAGUUCUUGAAAGAGGUAUUGACCAACUGCAUUUUAAACCUGGUGGAAUUAAUUCCAUUAUUCAGGUGACUGAUCUUAAGGAUAUGCCUAAAAGAGAACUAAGGGUUGCUUCAAAUCAGAUUUUAUCACUUUUUCAAGACAAUUACCCUGAAAUGGUGGCUCGUAAGAUAUUUAUCAAUGUGCCAUGGUACUUCAGUGUGUUAUAUUCAAUGUUUAGUCCGUUUCUGACUCAAAGAACCAAAAGCAAGUUUGUGAUAUCAAAGGAAGGAAAUGUUGCCGAGACAUUAUACAAAUUCAUAAGGCCUGAGGAUAUUCCUGUUCAAUAUGGUGGAUUGAGUCGACCCACUGAUUUACAAAAUGGUCCCCCAAAACCAGCUUCUGAGUUCACUGUCAAAGGAGGAGAAAAAGUCAAUAUUCAAAUUGAAGGCAUUGAGGCUGGUGCAACAAUAACAUGGGACAUAGUGGUAGGAGGAUGGGAAUUGGAGUACAAUGCAGAAUUUGUACCAAAUGCUGAAGGAAGUUACACCAUUGUUGUGGACAAGCCAAGGAAAAUUUUAGCCAAUGAAGAGGCAAUUCACAACUCAUACACUUCGCAGGAAGCUGGAAAAAUGGUGCUUUCUGUAGACAACACUUCCUCGCGCAAGAGAAAAGUUGCAGCCUAUCGAUACAUCGUCCGCAAAUCUGCAACAAUUUCAGCCUAAAAUGAAGGACGAAAAAAGUCUUUUGACUCACUUUAUCUAGUAGUAUUUUUUUUUCCUUUUUUCAUUUUGUUGAUGAAUGUUUGGGCAAGUUAGUAGAGUAAUAUUAUCUUUAAAUGAUAGUGCGCUAGAUGAUUGUAUAAAUGGUGGUAUCAUAUUCCUUAUUAGUACUACUAAUAUGAAGUGAAAGGCACAUUAACUUUGCUAAUAUAUGGAUUAUGUUACCACUUCCACUAUUGAUUGUGGAAGUUUUUAUGAA